UAUUUUUUUUUUUUUUAUAUAUAAAUAUAUAAAACCAAAUCCCGUAAUCCCCAAUUCUUACCUACAAACAAACAAAAUCAGAUCCAUUUCCUUUCGUUGCAAAGAAAAGAGGUUUUCAGUUCUACCCAGCACACAACAACACCGUUUCAAGAUGCAAAUCUUUGUUAAGACGCUCACUGGAAAGACCAUCACUCUCGAAGUUGAGAGUUCAGAUACCAUAGACAAUGUUAAGGCCAAGAUUCAAGACAAGGAAGGGAUUCCACCAGACCAGCAGCGUUUGAUUUUUGCUGGAAAGCAGCUGGAGGACGGCCGAACCCUUGCUGAUUACAACAUCCAAAAGGAGUCCACACUCCAUUUGGUGCUCCGUCUCCGUGGUGGUAUGCAGAUCUUUGUUAAGACUCUUACCGGAAAGACCAUCACCCUUGAGGUUGAGAGCUCUGAUACCAUUGACAAUGUCAAAACCAAGAUUCAGGAUAAAGAGGGCAUUCCACCAGACCAACAAAGGCUCAUAUUUGCUGGUAAACAACUUGAAGAUGGCCGAACUUUAGCAGAUUACAACAUACAGAAAGAGUCUACCCUCCACUUGGUUCUCCGUCUCCGUGGUGGUAUGCAGAUAUUUGUCAAGACCCUCACCGGAAAGACCAUCACCCUUGAGGUGGAGAGUUCUGACACCAUAGACAAUGUGAAGGCCAAGAUACAAGACAAAGAGGGCAUCCCACCAGAUCAGCAGAGGCUUAUCUUUGCUGGAAAACAGCUUGAAGAUGGCCGAACUCUGGCCGAUUACAAUAUCCAGAAGGAAUCCACCCUUCAUCUUGUUCUACGUUUGAGGGGAGGUAUGCAGAUCUUUGUAAAGACCCUGACAGGAAAGACAAUUACUUUGGAGGUAGAGAGCUCGGACACAAUUGACAAUGUGAAGGCUAAGAUACAGGACAAGGAGGGAAUUCCCCCGGACCAGCAAAGGCUUAUCUUUGCUGGAAAGCAACUCGAAGAUGGCCGAACUCUGGCUGAUUACAAUAUCCAGAAGGAAUCCACCCUUCAUCUUGUCCUACGUUUGAGGGGAGGUAUGCAGAUCUUUGUGAAGACCCUGACAGGAAAGACAAUUACUUUGGAGGUAGAGAGCUCGGACACAAUUGACAAUGUGAAAGCUAAGAUACAGGACAAGGAGGGCAUUCCACCAGACCAGCAAAGGCUGAUUUUUGCUGGAAAGCAACUCGAAGAUGGCCGAACUCUGGCUGAUUACAAUAUCCAGAAGGAAUCAACCCUUCAUCUUGUCCUACGUUUGAGAGGAGGUAUGCAGAUCUUUGUCAAGACUUUGACAGGAAAGACCAUUACAUUGGAGGUUGAAAGUUCUGACACAAUCGAUAAUGUGAAGGCGAAAAUACAGGACAAGGAGGGAAUCCCCCCAGAUCAGCAGAGGUUGAUCUUUGCUGGGAAACAAUUGGAGGAUGGAAGGACCCUUGCUGACUAUAACAUUCAGAAAGAGUCUACUCUCCACCUUGUGUUGCGUCUUCGCGGUGGAUUCUAAGCAUUUGGAAGUUCUUACAGGUCUUUGGUUUUUGAUGUUUCUGAACAUGUUAAUUAUAAUGGGUCUUGAGUAUAUAAUGGCCCUUGAAACUUUAGUUUGCUCUGGUAUUUGUAUGCUUCUGUUCACAUGGUUUAGCUCAUAAACAUUGGGUAUUUGCUAUGGUUUGAAUGAUCAAGUACUAUUUGGUUUUUUA